GCGAGCGAGCGCGCGCGGCAGGGAGGAGGCCAGGGGAUUCAUUCGGGCGGAUCGAUGGCCAAGCUGUACGUGCAGGCGGUGCCGCCGCCGGAUCUGAACAAGAACACCGAGUGGUUCAUGUACCCCGGGGUCUGGACCACAUACAUCUUCAUCCUCUUCGUCUCCUGGCUCCUCGUCCUCUCCGUCUUCGGAUGCACCCCUGGCAUGGCCUGGACCAUCGUCAACCUUGGACACUUCGCGAUUACGUACCACUUCUUCCACUGGAAGAAGGGAACUCCAUUUGCUGAUGACCAGGGGAUGUACAAUAGGUUGACUUGGUGGGAGCAAAUGGACAAUGGCAAACAGCUUACUCGCAACAGAAAGUUCCUUGUUGUGGUUCCUGUGGUCCUGUACUUGAUAGCUUCACACACCACCGACUAUCAACAUCCUAUGCUCUUUUUAAACACCAUUGCUGUCACUGUACUGGUUGUUGCCAAACUGCCCAACAUGCACAAGGUCCGGAUUUUCGGAAUCAAUGCCGGUAACUAAGGCGCACCGUCCCAGGGUAGACAGCACUCAGUAUCAUGUUUCAUCCGAACGGCUGGAUGUGUUGCACCUAGUUCUGAAUUCGCUCAUCAGAGCACCAGUGUGUAGUGUUUGAGCUGUUAGUAGAUGAUGACAUGUGAUCAUUGUACAGAGAAACGCCAAAAGGCCUUGAAAUGAUACUGUUUUGCAACUUGCCAACACACGUUUCUGUAGACUCUUUUUGCUGCUAUAUGUUUCUGUUGCGGGAAUUUGUUAUUUGAUACGUGUGCAGUUUAUAUGUCUGUUAAAUUGUCCUAAUUUCACAAA